CAAAGUUUUUCCCCAUCCCAAAGAAAUUGAUGGAGUCAGCCAACAAUAACCUGAAGCAAGAAGCUCACGUUCUCAUCUUCCCCUCCCCUGUACAAGGCCACAUAAACACCAUGCUCCGCUUAGCCUAUGCACUAUCCUUUUCCAGCGGCCUCCGCAUCAGCUUCCUCAACACUGACCACAAUCACCGCCUUCUCCGCUUCUCCUCCCCUUCCCAAUACUCCCGUUUCUCUCUCCGCUCCAACUUCCGCUUUCUCUCCAUACCGGACGGCCUACCCGAUGGUAAACCUCGCUCAACGCUCUAUCUGACUGAGCUCUUUGAUUCGCUCAAAACCCGCUCUGUAGAUUCUUUCCGCGCCCUGCUGCUCGCCGGUGGGAACCGAGACACCGACGGUUGGCCUCCUGUGACCUGCGUUAUCGUUGAUGGACAGAUGCCCUAUUUCAUGGACGCUGCUCAGGAACUGGGGAUCCCUGCGAUUUUAUUCCGAACUAUAAAUGCAUAUUCCCUUUGGGUUUAUCUUCAGAUCCCUCAGAUGAUGGAGGCCGACGAGCUCCCUUUUCCAGCUGAUGCAGACCUUGAUGUACCCAUAAAGAGCGUGCCGGCCAUGGAAGGCUUUCUCCGGCGUCGAGACCUACCAAAAAUGUGUCGAGGAGCAACAAAAGCUGAUAACGAAAAGCUUCAGUUAUUGGCCUGCAAUUCCGCCAGCGCUACGCCGUCGAAAGGACUAAUCCUCAACACGUCAAACUCUCUCGAAGCUCCCAUCCUAUCUAAAAUCCGCUCCCUCUACCCCAACACCUACGCCAUCGGCCCCCUCCACGCCCUCGUCGAAUCCAUCACCUCAUCCUCUGUCUCUGCCAGUCUCUUGGCCGAGGACCGCUCGGCACUCAGCUGGUUGGAUUCCCUGCCGGACCGCUCCGUCGUUUAUGUCAGCUUCGGCAGCAUAGCCCUGUUGAUGGAAGAAGAGUUUAUGGAAUUCUGGAACGGACUCGUCAAUAGUGGUCACCUUUUUUUGUGGGUGGUGAGGCCUGACUUGGUAGCCAAUGCAACGGUGACGGUGAAGUUGGCGGAAUUGGAGGAGAGAGUGAGAAUUGUGGAGUGGGCGCCGCAGGAGGAGGUCAUGCGCCACCGUGCGGUGGGGUGCUUCAUUACGCACAGCGGGUGGAAUUCGACGGUGGAGUGUAUGGAGAGAGGGGUGCCGAUGGUGUGUUUUCCGUGGUUGUGGGAACAGUUUGUUAUUAGUAGGUUAGUUGGGGAGGUGUGGAAGGUGGGUUUAGAUAUGAAGGAUAUGUGUAGGAGGGAUGUGGUGGAGAGUAUGGUGAGGGCGGCGAUGGAGGGGGAGAAGGCGGAGGAGCUCCGGCAAGUAGCGGCGGAAAUGGCGGUGGAGAUUGGGAGGAGUGUGGGGGAAGGUGGGGAUUCCAGGUUGGACUACGAGAGAUUGGUGAGGGAUAUUUUGUCGUUAAGCUUGAGUGCAUCUGGUGAGUAGAGACGAGGGAUCCGAAAAGUUUUCCAAGUGACGCGGUAUUCUUUUGGAGUUUAGUGAAUUAUGACUUCUUCUAUUAGUGUGCGAAUUUGUCUUUUAAUUUACUCAUAAUUUUAAAAAGAUUUUCUAAUUGGAGCUGUUUGAUUGUCAGCAUUUAAAAAUUAAAUGUAUUUUACUAUUUUAUUUCCAAUGUAAUACAUUUUGGAAUAUUUCAAAUUAAGGGCAUC